CUUGGGAAGAUACAGUCUCGCCUUUGCAAAUGACUGACUACAAGAAAUGUGGAUUGACUGGUGGGGGCCCACUCCACUUUUUCAUCCCAACCACCCAUUCAGUGACAGUCUGCAGGCCUUUCCCGCUGUCUCACGGAACAACAACCCUUGGUUUUAUUUUCCAGGGUGGGGUCAUUGCUGCUGCGGACACGCGUGCCAGUGCCGGGGGGCUUGUUGCAUGCCCGCAUGUCCAUAAGAUUACCCCCAUUCACUCUCACUUGGUGGUCACCUCCUCGGGCAGUGGUGCGGACUGCAUGCUGUGGGAGCGGAUUUUAACCAGAGAGAUCAGACUGUACCAACUGCGGAACAAAAGGCGCCUGUCAAUUCGUGGAACUGCGAAACUCUUAUCAUUUAUGCUGCACCCGUUUAAAGGGACUGAUGUGUGUGUGGCUCUCACACUCUGUGGCUGGGACAAAGAAGCAGGUAACACUGACUAUUCAACGACACCACAAGAUUCCUCCUUUCUAACUGGUCAUAGCUCCUCAGCAGCUGUUUGUAGCCAACACGAUACUACAAUAGGAUGUUCCGCAUCUCCUAACACUGGCCCUCAUCUAAUAUAUGUGUGCAGUGACGGAGCACGACUGGAAGGGGAUGUCAUUUCUGUUGGUUCAGGUUCACCAUAUGCAUAUGGUAUCCUGGAUGGAGGACUGAACUGGAACCUGAGCAGAGAAGAGGCCAUCUCCCUGGCAAGAGAAGCAGUGUUCAGAGCCACUCACAGGGAUGCAUACUCUGGAAACAAUGUGGACCUCUUCCACAUCACAGCCCAGGGAUGGAAGCAAAGAGAGAGGGAGGACUUGAGAGAUGAAUAUUAUAGAGAUAUGGAGAGAAGAGCAAAGGCAGUGGAGAGAAAAAGAGAUACACAACUGACAGUAUGUGGGCAGAAAUUGGGUUAGGAGUGAGGAUUUCAGAAAAGCAUAAAAUCACUGACCAGUUUUUUGCCUUCAAUUGAAAACAAUAGAUUGAAAAAGUAUAUAAAGGGGGAAGAGAUAGCAGAGAUAGAAAGGGAUCGAGAGAAUGCUGAUGUAAG